AUGGAUAAUUCUCAUCAGUGGUUCAAUCAGGCAGAUAGAAUGACUGGCUACAACAACAACAACAAUGUAAGCAAUAGGGUUGAUCUGACCCUCAAGUUGGGAUUGCCUGAUUGUGAUCUUCAAAAUCCACUCGUCUACCAGAUGGGGCAGUAUGCUAAUCCUACUUCCAUCACCCCUAAUCAUCUUGCCAAUCUUAGCUAUGCUGGCCCCAACACUCAGGGCAUGAAUCAAUUGGAAAUGGCUAAUCAAGAAGCAAUGGCUCAAGGUCAACAAGGCUUUAAUGCCAGCCAAUCUGCAUGGCCAUCUGAUCAAAUUGCUAGCAAUGUCCAUAGCAUGAACUGUGCAAAUGCUUUUAAAGAAAUUUGUGGCCCUUCUAUGGGAUUUCCUGCUAAUGGCACCAACACCUACAACAACUUUGCCCCUACUCAUCAUCAUCAGCUGCUUCCAGGCUCGGUGCCUACCAACAACUACACACUGCUUGAUGUCCCUCCUAGGAGAACAGCUGAUCAACGUGAGGUCGGAAACUCCUCCACCUCCGGUUUGGGCAAAAGGGGCCAACGACGUCAACGUGGUGGCAACUACAAUGACCCUAACAAACGAUGUAGUAACUACAACUGCAACACCAACGAUACUCCUAUGUGGCGCAAAGGUCCCCUAGGCCCCAAGACAUUGUGCAAUGCCUGUGGCAUUAAGUACAGAAAAGAAGAGGAGAAAAGAAAAGCAAAAGAAGCGAGAAGCAAGGGCCAACAGUCCAACCAUAAUGGAUGA